AUGGGAAAACUCAUCAAGAACCACUGGGCUCGCCUGAUUGUCCUCACCGCCAGCAUCUACCAAAUCGCCGGCGGCGUGCACGGCUUCUUCUGGCCCAAGAUCUUCUGGGACUUCCUCACCAAGAACCUCGACGUGGCCGUGAAGCCACUCCCGAUCCUGCAGACCAUCAAUGUCGUGCUCGGCCUCGUGAUGCUCGCGUGGGAGUGGCCGCUGAAGUUCCUGGCCGGGAGCGCCCUGCACCGCAGCAUCGCCGCGCGGCUGGUGGUGCUGCCGCUCGCGGCGCUGGCGGCGGCGUUGCUGUACCAGAACACGAACCCGGCCAUCUACUACACCAUCGGUAUGGUGGUGUAUUUCUGGGCCUACAGUGAAGGAGAGAUCGUCGUUGCGCAACCGUGGGCUCUCCCCGAACGCACGCGGCCGGGCAAGGUCUAA